AUGGACGAUUCGGGCGUGAUCCGGCGGCGGCGCCUGCAGAAGGAUCUGCCCCUGCCGCGGAAAAGCAGCAGCUGCCGCACGAGCAACCGGAAGAGCCUGAUCCUGACCAGCACCUCCCCCACCCUGCCCCGGCCCCAUUCACCACUACCGGGACACAUCGGCAGCAGCCCCCUGGACAGCCCCCGGAACUUCUCCCCCAGCGCCCCCCACUUCUCGUUUGCCUCCUCCCGACGUGCCGAUGGGCGCCGCUGGUCUCUGGCCUCCCUGCCCUCCUCUGGCUAUGGCACCAACACCCCCAGCUCCACUGUCUCGUCCUCGUGCUCGUCGCAGGAGCGCCUGCACCAGCUCCCGGCCCAGCCCACACCAGAGGAGCUCCGGUUCCUCUCGCGCCACUUCGGCAGCUCCGAGAGCCUGGCCGAGGACGAGGGGGGGGCAAGGGGGGGUCCUGCCCCACGGCCUCGCUCCCGCAGCCUCAGCCCUGGGCGUUCGCCCUCGUCCCAUGACAAUGAGAUCGUGAUGAUGAACCACGUCUACAAGGAGCGGUUCCCCAAGGCCACGGCGCAGAUGGAGGAGCGGUUGGAGGAGUUCGUGCGCGGCUGCGGCCCAGGGGGGACCCCAUUGGCUGAUGGAGCCUUGAGCUUCAUCCAGCACCAGCUGGUGGAGCUGGCGCGUGACUGCCUGGCCAAGGCCAGACACGGCCUCAUCACCGCCGGCUACUUCUAUGAGCUGCAGGAGAACAUGGAGAGGCUGCUGCAGGACGCUUACGAGCGCUCCGAGUCGGAGGAAGUGGCCUUCAUCACCCAACUGGUGAAGAAGCUGCUCAUCAUCAUCUCCCGCCCCGCGCGGCUGCUGGAGUGCCUGGAGUUCGACCCGGCCGAGUUCUAUCAGCUGCUGGCGGCCGCCGAGGGCCAGGCCCGUGAGGGGAGGCUCAAGGCUGACAUCCCACGUUACAUCAUCGGGCAGCUGGGGCUGGCGCGGGAUCCCUUCCCUGACAUGACGCACCUGGAGGAGCGCGACAGCAGCGGCACCAACACCCCAGAGCCUGACGAUGGUGCUGAGGGCCGCUCCUCCCCUCGCACCAAGAAGCCCCCAGGCGAAGGCGACUUCGAGACCAUCAAACUCAUCAGCAACGGUGCCUAUGGGGCCGUGUACCUGGUGCGCCAUCGCGCCACGCGGCAGCGCUUCGCCAUGAAGAAGAUCAACAAGCAGAACCUGCUGCUGCGGAACCAGGUGGAACAGGCGUUUGUGGAACGAGACAUCCUGACCUUCGCUGAGAACCCGUUCGUCGUCAGCCUCUUCUGCUCCUUCCAGACCCGCCGCCACCUCUGCAUGGUCAUGGAGUACGUGGAAGGGGGGGAUUGUGCCACGCUGCUGAAGCACAUAGGGGCGCUGCCGCUGGAGCUCGCCCGGCUUUACUUUGCUGAGACCGUCCUGGCCCUCGAGUACCUGCACAACUAUGGGAUCGUCCACCGCGACCUCAAGCCCGACAACCUCCUCAUCACCUCCUUGGGCCACGUGAAGCUGACAGACUUCGGGCUCUCCAAGAUGGGGCUCAUGAGCCUCACAACCAACCUCUAUGAAGGGCACAUGGAGAAGGAUGCGCGGGAAUUCCGGGAUAAGCAGGUGUGCGGGACCCCCGAGUACAUCGCACCUGAGGUGAUCCUGCGGCAGGGCUAUGGGAAGCCUGUGGAUUGGUGGGCAAUGGGCAUCGUCCUCUAUGAAUUCCUGGUGGGAUGUGUCCCGUUCUUUGGGGACACCCCCGAGGAGCUGUUCGGGCAGGUGAUAUCCGAUGAGAUCCUAUGGCCGGAAGGGGACGAGGCGCUGCCCCCUGAUGCUCAACACCUCAUCUCCUGCCUCCUGCAGCCAGACCCACUGCGGCGCCUGGGUGCUGGGGGCGCUCAGGAGGUCAAGGCGCAUGCGUUCUUCGCCGCUCUGGACUGGACGGGGCUGCUGCGGCAGAAGGCGGAGUUCGUGCCCCAGCUGGAGUCCGAGGAGGACACGAGUUACUUCGACACUCGCUCGGACCGGUUCCCUCACGUGACUUCCUAUGAGGACGAGGACACGACCGAGGAUGAGCCCGUGGAGAUCCGGCAGUUCUCGUCCUGCUCCCCCCGCUUCAGCAAGGUCUACAGCAGCCUGGAGCAGCUCUCGCAGGACCCAAAGGGGACCCCAAGAACGCGGCGCAGGGACGAGGGCAGAAGGGAAGGGUUCCCCCCCCGCGACCGAUGGCGCACGGCAUCCCCUGAGCUGAAACGCCCCUCGGCCAUUGAAGGAGCCCCCCCCGAGGGGGAGGGGAGCCCCCCCCUGGGCGCGCGCCGCCGCUUCUCGGCGCUGCUGGGGGCGCCCGAGCCCCCCCGCAACGGUGCGCAUGCGCGCGAGGGGUCCGCGGAGGGACCCGCUGAGGACCCAGGGGAGCUGCCCCCGCCCCUCCGGAGGCCGCGGCACCCGGGGGUGGGCCCCGAGGCGGGGGGGGACAAACGGAGCCCCCGAGGACCCGGGAAGGUCACGAAGUCGGCGUCGGCCACGGCCCUGUCCGUGAUCAUCCCCAGCGGGGAGGCCCCGGGCUCCUCCCCCCUCGGCAGCCCCAUGUCCCCGCGCUCGCUCUCGUCGGACCCGUCCUCGCGAGACUCGUCCCCGGGCCGGGAGCUGGGCCCGGCCGUGGCCCCUCCCCCCCGCUCCCCCAUCGCCAUCCCCCGGCCCGGCCGCAAGUUCGGCUUCACCCUGCGGGCGAUCCGCGUCUACCUGGGGGACAGUGACGUGUACAGCGUGCACCACGUGGUCUGGCACGUGGAGGAGGGGGGCCCCGCGCAGGAGGCGGGGCUCUGUGCCGGUGACCUCAUCACUCACGUCAAUGGGGAACCAGUGCAUGGGCUGGUGCACACCGAGGUGGUGGAGCUCAUCCUCAAGAGCGGCACCAAGGUGCUGGUGACCACGACACCGCUGGAGAACACCUCGAUCCGGCUCGGGCCUGCCCGGCGCCGCGGGGCCCGGACCAAGAUGGCGCGGAGGAACCGGAGGGGGGGCACCGGGGGCGGCCAUGAGAGGCGGCGCAGUGCGCUGUUCCGUCACCUGGCCCGGCAGGCGUCGCUGCUGCACACGAGCCGCUCGCUGACGUCACUGAGCCGCUCGCUCUCCUCCUCCGACAGCCUCCCCGCCUCCCCCACGCAUGCGCGCGGCCGGGACCCCGCCCUCCCGCCGCGCGCCGCCGACGCCGCCCCGUCCCCGCCCAGCAGCUCCCCGGGCUCCAGCGCUCCCCCGUCCCCGGCGGGGCCUCACCUGCGGCCGAGCUCCCUGCAGGGGCUGUCCCCGAAGCUGCAGCGCCAGUACCGGGCAGCGCGGUGCAAGUCUGCGGGGAGCAUCCCCCUGUCCCCCCUGGCUCACACCCCGUCCCCACCGGCCGCCUCCCCUCCGGCCUUCCCGGCCAAGCUGCACCCCAGGGCGGCCGAGUCCCCACGACCGACCCGACGGGGGGCACCGGACAAAGCGGUGGCAGCCGGAGGGGGGGGAGCGGCUUCAGCCACAGCGGCCGGAGGAGGGGGGGGGGGACCCCGCAAAGGGAAGGAGUUCGGGGGGGACCCUGCGCUGCAGAGCCCGGCUGAGGGCACCGAACGGGGGGGUCGGGGCCCCCCCAAAGCGCUGAGCCCGGUGCAGGAGCACGAACAAGCGCGGAAAGGGGGGGGGGGCCGCCCCUGUGCCCAUCGUGGUGGUGGGGCCCGGAGCGGGGAGUGGGGCGGCGGGGGGGGCACCCCCAGGGCGUUGAGUACCCCCCCCACCCAUCACUGUAAAUAG